AUGCUGGUUUGUGUAGUCGACGAGGGAUGGCGGAUGGCGCAAGAGGAGGGACAGGAGGAGGAGACUAUAGGACACCUGAAGGAAAGACUGUGCAAGAGGCUGCCUGACGUGUUUGGAAGUUUGCGGGAGAAAGUGCUGGAGGACAGGUGGGGUAGAGUGGUGGAGGAUGGUAUGACCCUAGCGGAGGCAGCUGGUGGAGCCCGAUACCCCCUGCUGAGACUGAGGAAUAGGAAGGCAGAGGACGAGACAGAGGUUCGGGUGCUUAGAAUGGGAGCAGCAGGAGCAGGAGCAGGAGCAGGAGCAGGAGCAGGAGGAGACAGGGACGUCACUGGCUCCUUUGUCACGGGACCCCGGGAAGAACGAGUGAACGAGAAGAGAAGGAGCAGCAGAGAUAUCUUUGAGAGAAAGUUCGGUCGAGGAGGGAUACACGUCCUGAGGAGGUCUGAGCCAACAAGUCCGACAAUAGCAAAGGAUGCAGCGAUGUCGUCAGAAAUUGUCGAACAGAUGGUAGCUCUGCAGAGUCACGUGAACGGUAUCAACUCUCAGCUGGAUUUGAUGCAUCAGCAUGUCAGUUCUUCAGCGUUGCUGACAGAAAAAGUCAAGCUCCUCGAGCAUCAUAUCAACAACUUCAGAAUAGAAUACCAUACAGUACAUGAAAAACUAUCGCAAGAUGAAAAUGCAAUUUUCGUACUGCAAAACAACGCGAAACAAUUAGAUCUUCGUUUAUCAAGUGUUGAAGAGAAAAUCCUCGACGAGCGCAAGAACGACAAGUUCUCCGUGCUCGACCGCGUUCGGAAACUGGAGCAACUGAUGAAAGAGAGGAUGAAGAGUGAAGAUGAUAAAUCUUCGCAGAAUCUCCUACGCGGUCAGUCGGACAUUUCAGAGCGACUGAGUCAUGUGGAGUCAGAGUUGGCGACAAAGCUCAGACCAUGGUCAUGGGAGAAUCAGCAGCUGGUGGCACCAAGAUCCGAAGUGAACAAAGAGUUGAUCUUGAAAAAGAAAGAAACAGCGAUUCAACAAAGGACAGCUGAGUUGAACAAGGCUGUAGAAGAGAACACUUCCUCAAAGCAUUGGUCCGCAACAGAGGGAGAGGCGCUGGUGGAGACAGGGAUCAUCGGAGGGGACGGGAGGGGAUGGGAGUGCGUAAGCUGGUGGAUGGGGGGGCUGGUCGGAGCGAGCAAGAGCGGGAGGCUGCACGUGUGGAGGGAAGGGGCAGACGGGAGGAUGGAGGUCAUGGCAGAAGAGCAGGGACAUGCAGGGGAAGUCAGCUGCAUAGAGAGCUGGGGAGAGGAGCUGAUCACGGGAGGGGUAGACGGGCGGGUGAAGGACUGGGACGCGAAGGGAGAGCAGGGGCUUGAGGAGAAGCGGGAAGGAGGAUCGGAGGCGAGCGACAUCGGGGCAGUGACGAGGGCGUGCGGGUACGGGAAGCGGGUGUACGGGGCAGUGGCAGGGACGGCAAGGAGAGGGAACAUGAUCGUGGUAUACGAGGCAGGGAAGAAGGGGAGGGUGGGGCGGAUCGGGGGCGGGGAAGGAGGACACAGGUCGUGGAUAUCAGGGAUGGCGACGGUGAUGGGGGGAGAGCUGCUGGUGAGCGUGUCGUACGACGGGUGUGUACGGGUGUGGAGCACGCAGACGGGAGGGGGGAGCUUCUUCUACGAGGCGACGAGGAGCACACGGGCAGGGGCAGGGCUACUGGACGUGGUAGCGCUACCAGGGGUGGAGGAAGGGUCGCAGAGGAUCGCGACGGUAGGAGAGGACGGGAGGGUGAGCAUCUGGGAGAUCGACAAGACGGAAGGGGCGGUGGAGGUAACGCUGGAGGAAGCGGGGAUGCACAACGAGGGAGGGCUGUCAAGCGGGCGGCUUUGCGUGGUACAGGGGGGAGAGGGGAGCGCGUCAGAGACGGUGCUGGUCAGCGUAGGAGACGACGGGUACGGGCAGGUGUGGGAGGUAGGAGGCGGGCUGAGGAGGAAGGGAGGGGCGGCGGUAGCGGGAGACGGGAAGGCGGUGAGCGGGUGCAGCGGAGGAAGGGGAGGGAGGAUAGCGGUCGGGGUCGGGGGGGAGGAGGGAGGAGAGACAGGGGGAGAGAUCAAGAUCUACGAGGACCAGCAUGAAAUUGACUGCGAGGGGAGGAGUAGGAGAGGGCAAGAGGACAAGCUGAGCAGGAGGAGGAGGAGAGGGAGGAUGAGUGAGAAAUCAAGGCUGGUAGAGCUGAAACACGAGGAGGAGCUCCUCUUUCAGGACUUCUUCGCCUCUCAGACCCUCCAGGCCGUCGGACAUAACAGGCGGCAGACUCAUCUCAGUUUCAGUGAGCUCUACGUCGUGGAUCCCUUCCCCUCAUCGACCUCUCCCUCAUCUUUGGCGUUGCACUUCGAGUUGCGUCCAAGACAGGAGGAGGAAAGGGAGUACGAGCACAAACUUUCUUUCAGCGAAUCUAUCCUUCACCUGAGCCUCCUCCCGACCUCCUCCGACCUCAACUCACCACCCGACGUUGAGAGCGACGAAAGACAAGUCGAUGAUGUCACCUUAGAGCUGUCGACGGAGAAUCCGUCAAAAUUUGAUGAGGAGGAUGAUUCCCGGCCGUUCUCAGCCUCCUCCACCAUCUCAUCCAUCUCAUCCGUGGAGUCAAAGGAGGAUGUAGAGGAGGCGGUCGAGGGCGAGACGAGCAGAGUCACCAUCAGACUUGUCUUCGCAAACAAUUGCGAGUUUGUUGACAAGAGCAUGUACCUUGACACUCUGGAAGGGUUGGACAUAGCGGAUGACAUGAAACUACGAGAUUUGGCAACAAUAGAGCGCAGUGACUUGAUCCACCACGAGCUGACGGUUGAGCUGAUGUCAAGAGAUUCUGCAAAGCUUCUCAACGCCGCAAGGAUUCUUUUGUUGCAAGCCAAACACCGCUUGUCGCUCCUCCGUCAGAUGCCCAGCAUGCUGCACCUGAAAGACGCGCAGCUGCUAGCUGUGCCAGGGCUCAGGCUCGAGGUUCAGGUCCAGGAGGCUGUCAAGGGUUUCAUGUGGCUGGAUGGGAUGACGACAACCAUUCACAACUCGAGCAAGGACGGCGAGGCUACGGGACGAAUCUGCAUCCUCGAAGCUGAUACCAACCUGAUGGUCUGGCGAGACAACGAGAUCCUCGAGGAGACCGUCGGGGCUGACGUCACCCAAGGCCCUCCCUGUCAAGUGCGAACUUACGUCUUCCGGCACAAGUCGUGGCAGCUGCUCGUCACGCGGGGAGCUCUCUUGUACCUCCACGGAGAGCCAGCUGCCGUGCAGGUCCGCAAGAAAGGUGUCAAAGUCAGACUGUCCCUCCAGGCCUUCUUGCGUCUAGCGCAUGCCGACGACAGGAGCUGGUCAGCCGUCGCUCAGUCGGCAGGCAGCGAAGGCCUUGCGCGCAUGUGCCCCUGCUUUGAGUGGGAGGGACUGUGCUGGCGAUGCGCGUCCAAGGGAUCUGAGAGCCCCUUGGUGCCUCACCGGCAUCAUCCCGAGAGGAAGAUUCGGGUCCUUCAGUCUCGUCCGGACGGGAAGGAGGUCUGGAUGCCGCUGCUGGAGUUCGCCAGGGACGCGAGGCUCUCACUGCUCAGGUUCUGCAGGUCAGCUGGGGUGAGGACCAGCGUCCCUCUGAGGGCCAUGAGAGUGAAGAAGCCCGAGGAGCUGCUGGCGGGCUGGAGGAGAUCGGAGGGAGGAGGCGCAGGGUACGAGAACGAGCUGCAUGGCGUGUGGACGGCAAGAAGUCCCCAGGAGAGUUGGUCGACCCUGCACGAGGUACUCGAGGAGACGGGCCAGCCCUCUCCUCCUCCUCAUCUCAGCCUUGCCGAGGCUCAUCCAGCUGCUCGGGCGCCUGGCCUUGUGGAAUAUUCCAAGGAGUUUGACCAGCCCGCCACGAUGCUCCAGAAAACUUUCCGAGGGCACCGACAACGAGUUCUUGUGCUGGCGACCAUUCCAGAUGCAGUGAGGAUCCGCCGUCUGCUUCCUCUGUCGAGCUUGAUCGUCACACACUCGCGCCUCUCGCGGAUUUUCAAGAAGAUGAUGGGAAGGAGGAGGCGCUAG